AUGGCACAAACAACUGAGUACAAAGCCGAGUAUCAUCACUUUAUCCCGCGAUUUCUCCUGCGCCAGUUCGCAGCUCUCGAGCAACCCUUACCUUCGCGUCGUCAGAGAGGAAGAAAGCCACGCAGCCAAAGACCACAGGGGCAGUUGCUCAAGGACCCGUUCGUCAACGCGAUAGAAUUGAAGAAGAAUGCCCUGGUCCAAGUAUCGGUAUCACGCGAGUUUGGACUCGUGGACAUGUACCGCGAUCAAGGUUACCCGAACCCCAGGCAUAUUGAGGAUAAUCUCGGAAAGUUGGAAGGUCAUGCAGGUAGAAUUAUCAAACGAGCGACAGAUACAUUCAGAGCCGGUCAGACACUUGAAUUGACUCGUCGCGAAAGGGAUACUAUAAGAAAGUUCCUGUUUCUCAUGAAAUACCGGAACUCCACUUUCUAUGCGCGAUACAACCAUGACAGCAUCACCACCUACGAUUCUAACGACAAACACCGCAUGGAAAGCUACCUGCGGGAAAAGAGAUUCAAAUCGCCUCGUGAUAUCUGGUUUGCCAAUCUCAAGGCAUUCUUGGAUCUCGAAAUGGAUCCCGACAUGCUGUGGAUCAACAAGGUUCAGAAACAGGUCUUCCCGGAUGAUGCGAAGAUGUUCAUUCAUCACAUGCAGUUCAAGUUUAUGGCAUUCUGCCAGCCUUUAUCAGAGGAAGAUGAGUUCAUAUUGACCCAUAAUGCGUAUGGAGUCCAUGAGGGCCCUUCGGAUGUUCAAAUUGACCCCGCCACUGGAAGAAUAAUCGAAGGAGUGUACACGGAAUACCAUAAUUUUGCUCCGAUUUCUGCAAAACUUAUCAUUGUCUUGAGAAGCUCACUGCUGGUCGACCCCUCUAAGGAAGGCGCAGAGGAUCUUCAGGACAUGUGGGAAACACUGCGGGAAACGGUGCGACAACAACAUCUAUUCCCUGAUAGAGCUAUCUCGCUGCUCCAAUACCUGCCUAUCAAGAAGUGUGGGAACUCGUACUCGACUACUAUCAAUGGAAAGCUCGUUCUGAAGCCGAACCGGGGCCCUCGGUCCGAAGACAGGUUCUACUUUACCUGUUUCCGUAUAUCUUCCUACUAUGUCAAUCUAAUCAAUAGUAUCUUCUUGGAGCAGGCAACUAAAGGGGACACUAUAGUCUAUAAAUCCAGAUCAGCUCUCGGGAGAACCCUCAAAUCAUACCUCGAAACCAGCAGGCAGGGUUUCAAAUUAGUGACCGAGGAGACCAGUGACCAUCACCUGGUAUUCCUACAGAAGUUAGAAAACAUUGCAGGGCAAUUAGUUGGGAAGGUCUGCCUUAGGUACAAGGCCGUCGCACUCCCAAAGCCUCAGACCCAUUUGUCCCAGUGGGUUGCGGAUAUGGUUGGGUUGCAAUUAGUUGGGUUGUCUGGCAAGUCAGAUGCACCAGAAAUAUACAAGCUCAUGAAGCCAGAUGGGGGUUUGGAUACAUAUUUUCAUGACCUCAUGCAGUCGCAGCUUAUGGCUUUCUUAAGGAUCAAGAUAGAUGUGAUUCUGAGCCGUUCCAGGUUAACGCAAGAUGACAGGCUGGUUGUUAAGUUUCAGCUGCAGCAGCUAUACAUCACGCUUCCUGCACAGCGUGUCUGGCUUUACGUGAAAAUAAUGCGAAAUCUACCGAACUUCGACAUACGAGACUUUAAGAAGCAGAUCCGUGAGCUAGAGAUCAACGGGCCUGAGGAUGAUGUAGCGAAAUUGAUUGCUCUAUAUCCAUCGCGGACCGGUCAGCUCACAAAGUUGAUGUUUGGAAAGCCCAAAUGA